GACAGACAGAGGGACAGACAGAGAGGCAGAGACAGGGGACAGGAGGACGACACCAGGGGAGGAUUCAGGAGAGAAGACGAGACUCUGGACGGAGACAACAUCGAGCCUCGUCCCCGCUCCCUUCCAGGUCCACCUGGUCCUCCAGGCCCUCCAGGUCCACCUGGUGCUCCAGGUCCUCUCUGCUCCUGGAGAGUGUUCCUGUGUGAAGGCAGGGAGGGAGAGUGUGUGUGUCAUGUGUUAAUGAGUGUGUGGGUGUGUUUGGGCUCUUUUGAUGGGACAUUGAGCGAUGUGUGUGUCAGAGCGUCGGUGGACGGGCUCCCCCGUCCCCCCCCCUGUCCUCCCCCCCGUCCUCCUCCUCUUCCUCGCUCUGUCCUCCUUCAUCUCCUCACCUCCUCUGGCUCAGGCGGAAAUCAGCAUCCCCGAAAACUAUAAAGUUGAGAACAUGUCGCAGCCUCCAGUCUUGACAGAGAUCCCCACAUCGUACACGGCGUUUUCUCUGGAGGACAUCAACCUGCCGUGUGAGGCCUCCGGUAACCCGACACCCACGUUCCGCUGGGUGAGGAACGGAACCGAGUUCGGCCCGGAGCUGCAGAACUCGGGGAACCUGCGGGCGGACGAGGACAAGCCGGUGGAGUGGUACGCAGGGUUCUACCGCUGCUACGCCUCCAACGCGCUGGGGACCGCCGUCACGCCCGCCGUGCAGCUCAUCGUGGAGCCUCAUCCGGUUCUCCUCAAGAAGCAGAAAGUCCACAGGGAGGCGUAUGAAGGGGACAGCCUCAUCCUGUCCUGCAACCCGCCCAGAAGCUCCACCCCCCCACACAUCCACUGGAUGGACAAGCGCAUCGUGCACAUCCGGCAGAGCGAGCGCGUCGUGGCCGGGCUGGACGGGAACCUGUACUUCUCCAACCUGCUGAAGAGCGACAGCAGAGACGACUACAUCUGCCACGCCCAGUACACCGAGGCCCGCAUCAUCCUGCCACAGAGCGCCGUGACGCUCCGCGUGCUGCCCAGUAACGACGUGGUCCACGGCCGGAGGCCGCACCUCUUCCUCCCCAGCGGCUCCCACAGCGCUGUGUUGGCCCUCCAAGGCCAGACCCUGACCCUGGAGUGCAUCCCCAAGGGCCUGCCGACGCCCACGGUGGAGUGGACGAAGAAGGACGGCGGUCUGGACGAGACGAGCGGCCGGGUGGAGAACUACGGCCGCUGGCUGACCUUCCACAGCAUCAGCCAGAGCGACGACGGCGAGUACCAGUGCCACGCCGCCAACAGCCACGGCGCCGCCACGCACGGCUUCACCGUCACCGUGGAAGCGGCCCCCUACCUGGUGAAGGAACCGCGGAACCGGCAGUACGCCCCCGGAGAGACGGUCCGGCUGGACUGCCAGGCGGACGGCAUCCCGACGCCCCGGGUCCACUGGAGCAUCAACGGCCAGCCCGUCGCAGACGUGGACGAGGAGCCGCGCCGCAGCGUCUCCGGGGGAACCCUGAUCCUGCGGGACGUGCGGUUCUCCGACACGGCGGUGUAUCAGUGUGAAGCCUCCAACAAGCACGGCUCCGUCCUGGUCAACGCCUUCCUCUACGUCGUCGAGCUCUCUCCUCAGAUCCUGUCCUCUGACGGACUGGUCUACAGAGCCGUCCAGGGCCGAGACGUCAGGAUGCUGUGUGAGUCCUUCGGCUCCCCGAAGCCCCACAUCGCCUGGGAGGGGGAGGACAGGCCUCCUCUGCUGUCCGACCCCCGGGUGUCCCUCCUGACGGACGGGACGUUGGAGCUGAGCAACGUGAGCCACAGCGACGUCGGCGUCUACAGCUGCUCCGUCCAGACGUCCAACGUGUCCAUCAGGGCCCACCUGGAGGUCUACGACCGCACCGUCAUCCUGACGCCGCCGCAGAGCGUCCGCGUCCUGCGAGGGACCGCCGCCCUGCUGGACUGCGGCUUCGUGCACGACGCGCGGCUCGGGGACGUCCAGGUGGUCUGGAAGAGGGACGGCACCAAGCUGCAGGAGUCCACCACGGACGACAAGUACACCAUCUUUGAGAACAACACCCUGAGAGUGAGCGACGCCCAGCUGGACGACACGGCGCUGUAUUCCUGUGAGGUCAUCACCGGACUGGACCACGUGGACCAGACCGGGUCCAUCACUGUAGUGGCUCCUCCAGAACCUCCUCACUUCCUGUCGUUGUUAAACGUGGAAGACAGCAGUCUGACUCUGAGCUGGAUCCCAGGACCGACAAACAACAGCCCCGUCAGCGAGUUCGUGGUGGAGGCGGCGGAGGAGCAGCAGUCGGGCGGCGGGUGGAAGUGGGCGGAGUUUCGGAGGGUCCCCGGAGACUUCGACCACGCGGAGCUCCGCCUCCGGCCGUACUGCACCUACCGCUUCAGGGUCAGCGCCGUCAACCAGGCGGGCCGCAGCGCCCCCAGCAGGCCCUCCGACCCCCACAGCACGCCGCCCGCCGUACCGGACAGGAACCCCGUCGCUGUUCGCAGCAACUCCUCUGAACCCGGGACCCUCAGCAUCACCUGGGAGGAGCUGGACAGACGUUCUCACAACGGUCCGGACUUCCAGUACAAGGUCUUGUGGCGCGAGGCCGACGGUCCCAACACGGACUGGAACGUGGGCUUCGUCCGGGCCCCGCCCUUCGUGGUGAACAACACCGGGACGUACACGCCGUUCGAGAUGGUGGUGCAGGCCGUCAACUCCGUCGGGCAGGGGCCCAAACCGGAGCCGUCCAUCGGACACUCUGGAGAAGACAAGCCGGAGGAGCCCCCCACCGGAGUUUCCUCCAGAGUGAUCAACAGCACCGUCCGGCUGAGUUGGAACGAAGCCAAGAAGGUCCGAGGCCUCCUGCUGGGAUACAAGAUCUACCUGCGGAGGCUGGGAGCGCAGGAGAGGCGGAGCCGGCGGUCUCUGGAGGAGCGGCAGCAGCAGGCGGAGCAGGAGGAGGGCAGGAUGGAGGACAGCAGGGUGGAGGACAGCAGGGUGGAGGUGGUGGGCGGCUCCCAGACCUGGUCCGAGCUGACGGGGCUGCGGCUCUUCUCCCGGUACCAGGUCUCCAUGACGGCCUUCAACAGCCGGGGAGAGAGCCCCCCCUCCCCCCCACACUACUUCCUGACCCCCGAGGGAGCUCCUGGUCCUCCGGCCUCUCUCCGGUUCGAGAGUCCUUCAGAAAGUUCUCUGAUCCUCUUCUGGUCUCCUCCUCUGGAGCCGAACGGCGUCCUGCUGGGAUACAUGGUCCAGUACGAACAUGAGGUGGCGAGCCGGGACAGCCUGCUGCAGAUCGUGAUGAUCAUGGACCCGAGCGUGACCCACAUCGAGCUGGACUCCCUGGACCCCAACAGCCAGUACACCUUCAAAGUGAUCGCCCGCACCGCCGCCGGGGACGGGCGUCCCAUCGAGCGCAGCGGCGCCACCCUGCUGGACGGAGUUCCUCCGUCAAAUAUCACUGUCGUCCCCGGCAACACGUCCUUCAACCUGACCUGGGUUCCCGGAGAACGUGACCGGAACCAAGGCUUCCACUUCCAGUACAUUAAGGCCGACGCUCCGCCGGGAAGCGCGUGGAAGGAGUCGGAGGUGGUGAACUCCACCCAGGGCUUCUACGUCCUGACGGGCCUCCAGCCAGGCUCCGCCUACAACCUGAUGGUGUCGCUGGGGAACGCCACGCUGUGGAGCCGCAGGGCGGCGACCACCGGGCCGGUGCCCUGGGAGGUUCCCGGGGGUUUCGCCGCUCAGGGCUGGUUGAUCGGACUCAUCAGCGCCGUCGUGCUGCUGGUUCUGAUCCUGCUCAUCCUCUGCCUCAUCAAACGCAGCCGAGGAGGGAAAUACGCAGUCAAAGACAAAGAGGACAAGGAGGUGGACUCUGAAGCUCGGCCCAUGAAGGACGAGACGUUCGGGGAGUACAGAUCUCUGGAGAGCGACGGUGACGAGAAGCACUCGGGCAGCCAGCCGUCGCUCUGCGGCGACAGCAAGCUGGGCAGCGACGACUCGCUGGCGGAGUACGGAGACAGCGUGGACAUCCAGUUCAACGAGGACGGCUCCUUCAUCGGCCAGUACAGCGGCCGCGGGCCCGUCGCCCCCGGCAACGAGAGCUCCGGCCCCGCCUCCCCCGUCAACGCCGCCCCGCCGCCACCCAUCGCCCCCUCCAUGUCCAGCAUCCUCAACCGGCCCAGCUAGACAAACACACACACACACACACACACACACACACACACACACACACACACACACACACACACACAAACAAAACAACCAAACAAAAAGGGACAAACCACUCCUGAAUCCACUGCCUGCCAUGGUACACACACACACACACACACACACACACACACACACACACACACACACACACACACGCACACAUGCACACA